UGGCUGCGGCGCCUGGGGACCGGAGGCGCGCGCUCGCCGGGCUGGCUCCAGCCAGGUAUUAGAGGCACCGAGCAAUGUCUCCAUUAGCGCGCCGCUCCUGCUCGCUCCGAAGCCAGCCGCGGCGGCCGGGGAGGCAAGCGACGGGCAGCCCUUUGUCAUGGCCAGGUUCUCGCUAGGAGCUCCGGCGUGAUUGCAGCCUCCAGGACUCUGCAAGUUACCCAUCGGUGGGGGACAGCACGGCGGAGGAAAGCUGCCGCCGGCGCUCGCGGAUCCGACGCCUCUCCUGGAGCCCCGGACGCGCCCGGCUGCCAUGUCCUACCCCCAGUUCGGGUACCCCUAUUCUUCGGCUCCCCAGUUCCUGAUGACCACCAAUUCCUUGACCACUUGCUGUGAGACCAGCGGUAGGACCCUGACGGACUCGGGGGCGGCGGCCUCGGCCCAGACCCCCGUCUAUUGCCCGGUGUACGAGAGCCGGCUGCUGGCCACCGCCAGACACGAGCUCAACUCGGCCGCUGCCCUGGGGGUCUACGGGAAUCCCUACACCAACAGCCAAGGCUAUGGCAACUACGUGGCCUACGGGAGCGAGGCCUCCGCCUUCUACUCGCUGAACAGCUUCGAUUCCAAGGACGGGAGCGGAUCUGCGCAUGCGGGGCUGACUCAGGCGGCAGCUUACUACCCCUACGAUCACACGCUCAGCCAGUAUCAAUAUGACAGAUACGGCACCAUGGACGGCGGGACGCGGCGCAAGAACGCCACCCGCGAGACGACGAGCACGCUGAAGGCCUGGCUGCAGGAGCACCGCAAGAACCCCUACCCGACCAAGGGCGAGAAGAUCAUGCUGGCCAUCAUCACCAAGAUGACCCUCACGCAGGUCUCCACCUGGUUCGCCAACGCCCGGCGGCGCCUCAAGAAGGAGAACAAGAUGACCUGGCCGCCCCGCAACAAAUGCGCCGACGAGAAGAGGCCCUACGAGGACGACGACCAGGCAGAGGGCCCCGCGGAGAGCCUGAAGGGCGAGAAACUCGCGGACCCGCCGAGCAAGGAGGACAAGGAGCUGGCCCUGAGCGACCUGGACGACUACGACCCGCUCGAGUCGGAGAGCUCGGAGGGCGAGCUGAAGGCGCCCGCCUUCGGCCACGUGGAGAGCGACGCCUGCCUCGACGAGGCCUGCAAGGAGCCCGCCCUGGAGCAGCGGCCCAAGAGCUGCCUCAAGGACCCGACGGCGGGCGCGGAGGGCUGCGAGGCGGCGGCGGCGGCGCUGCUGGGCGGGCGGGCGGUGCGGGCCAGCUGCGGGGAGUCCAAGGCGUGCUACCCGCCGCAGCCGCCGCCGCCGCAGCUCCUGGAAGGCGGCAAGCCGCGGAUCUGGUCGCUGGCGCACACGGCCACCUCGCUGGCCCCGGCCGAGCUGCCGUCGUGCAUGCUGAAGCGCCAGCAGGGGGCGUCGAGCGCCGCCAGCGCCCUGGCCCCGCCGGCCGGCAGCGGGGCCGAGCGGCCGGCCAAGGAGUCCCCGGUGGCCAACCUCAGGAACUGGGUGGACGGCGUCUUCCACGACCCGCUCUUCCGGCACAGUACUUUGAACCAGGCCCUGAGCGGCAGCGCCGUGUCUUGGGCGGCCGCCAAGGGCUCCCUCCUGGAGACGGGGCCGCUGGGCCGCUCGCUGGGCGCGGGCGCCGCCGCGCUCAAGGGCCAGGCGGACUCCGGCAAAGACUUCCUGGCCUUCCCCAAAGCAGGCGGCAAGAUGUUCUGCUCCUAACGGCCGGACCCCGCCCGCCUCCCCGCCCCCCGGCCCGGGUGGGGGGAAGGCAAGACCGGGGAGGGGGCCAGAGAGACUGGACCGGACCGGACCGGAGGGGGCGGGUGGGGGAGAGCCCCAAACAGGACUUGGGGGAGAGAAGAUGGAAACGGGAGACUUUCCUUCCCCAAAGGAUUUCCAAAGCGCUGGUUUAAGGAAAGGGGGGGGAGGAAAAAAGGCGCCCCCGGCCCGCGGGACUUUCUUCGCUGCUCUUAGCAAGAUUUUCACUCGGCUUCGACCUUAAGGGAUCCGGGGCUUGGAGUUAGCCUAAGUCCGGAGCAGGACCCGGUGGUUCUAGAGGCGUGCUCCGGAGUUGGCCGUGGCACGUUUACAAGGCGCCAGGUUUGAAUCCGGCUUCUUCGGGGAGGGGGAGUUGUUUGGCUUCUUGGGUUUUUUUUUUUUAAUUUGUGGCAUGCCAGUCUUAGUUACCAAAACAAAAGGAGGACUUCCUCGGACCUUUCCCCCCUUCCCCCUCCAUAGUUAACGUCUCACCCGCGAAAGCAACACUUCCCCGAGUUAACACCAUCGAGCACACUCACACGCCAUUGGAACGGAAGAAAUCAACUGUGUCGCGAAACAGAUGUUCACGCCAGAAAUAAAUGGUCGCUUU